AUGGUGGAUCCCGUCGCCUGUGAUUGUUUGUCGAAGCCUGAGGAAAUGUGCUCAGGGAACGCCUGCUUUGCUAAAGUUGAGAUCUUUAGUGAAGAGAAAACAGCCAUUAUGCAGAAAGGCUGUAUCACGGACAUCCCUGGUGCGCAGAAAGGUUGCCAGUACGCCAGCAAUAACGAGGCUCUUCACUGUUUCUGCGAGGAAAACGAAUGCAACACUAGGCAAAAAUGCUCAAUGUCCGGCCUCUAG